UGUUUCCAGUUCCUAUUUUUUUAAUGUUAAAUGCCAUACAUUUUAACGAUAAUAUAACGCCGUUUUUUAAACUAUAACAUACCAGUAUUUAUCAAUUUUAAAACUAAUUUUUAAAGUGUUAAACUGUAUAAGUAUAUUUGUUGUACGAUGAAAUCCGAAGAUUAUUUUGAAGAAAGUUUAGCAACAACCCCUAAACCGACAGCUACUUCUACUAUAACCAAAAAACCGCAUACUGGGAAUCAAAUUCCUGCCCGUAAGCCUCUUGAAUUUAAUUCUGCGACAUUAGACGAAUCGGCAGCUAGUUUAGGGAUUUUAAAUCCAAUAGAAAUGAAUGUAACAGCUUAUUCAGAAUCUGGUAAUGGUGAAGAUGUGAUGAACAGGUUACAAACACAAAGAAAUUUGGCGAAAAGUUUGCUGAAUAAAGCUAGCAAAACUGUUGGUUUACCAUCAAAAUAUUUUCAACAAAAUUCCGUAUUGCAAGAAAGCUCCCGUAAUUAUGUUAAAGAUUUUAGCACUGUAAAUGAAAGUGAUUUGAUAAGAAAAGAUUCGGUUAAUUCACAAUCAUUUUACCCGGGGAAUGUAUCUACUCCAAGAACAUCAGAACAUGUAGAAAAAUCAGACAAAAAAGAAGUUUCAAUGUUUGAUAAUAUAACAGCAAUGUCUGAACAAUUACGACAUUCCGAUAUUAAUAUUCAAGAUAUUUGCUCUCAAUUACAGUAUCGAGCUAGUCUUUGUAAAUCUUUGAUGGGUCAACAAGUGUCUGGUCUUGAAAGUCAAGUUUUUACACCAGCAGAAUUGAUGAGCGAACAAUUAAAGAGGGACGAAGUCUCUUGGAGGAAACAAAGAGAUAUUCCAGCUGAAAGGAACAGUACUUCAUCGUUUUCUACAGUAACCGGCAAACAUUCAAUUGGAAAUUUCUUUGAAACUCGUGGUAAAAACGAUUUGGGUGAUUUGUUUAGGUCAAAAAGUCCAGAACGGUCGCAUUCACCAACUCCAUUAAUUGAUAGCACCCGUAUUUCUAAUAUUUAUCCUUCUGACAGCUAUAAGGUAGAUAAUAAAACAUUUAAGAAACCAGGACCAAUCGACGAUAGUUCUGUAUUAAGUCUUACAAAGAUUCAGAAGAUGUUGGCCGAUGUUGAUGUUGAUUCCCCAGGCAAAAUGGUUGAUAAAUUAUUAAAAAAAUCCGAUCAAAGACGCCCGAAAUCAAAAUCACCAAACGCACCAUCAAAAGAAUACGAUUGCGAUGAAUAUCUAGCACAGAAUUUAUCCAGAAAUUCUUUAGCAGUUCAAACACAUUCUACAGUCCCAGUACAUCACGUUUCUAGACGUUCACCACAACAUCUCCAAGUUUCAACCGUACGUGGAAAAAGCAAAAGUCCAUCACAUGAUGCCAUUUGUUUUUCGUCAACACCUUUUUCACAAAGUUCUUCAAUCCAAAUGGAGCAUAGUUCCAGAAAUACAGAACGAACUCUCCACGUAUCAAAUGCCCAUAGAAAAAGUACUAGUCCAUGUGAUGAUCCGCGAUGUUCAACAUCUCACAUACCAACUAUAACAGUAGACUCUCAUAACUCCAGAGAUUCUGGUGUAAGAACUAUGGAAAGUGAAGCUAAUUCAAAUUUACGAUACAGCUCUAAAGUGUCUACAGCUUCUUCAAUUAAAGGUAGCAAAGAAAAUGUUAACGGAGGAUGUGGUUCGUCAAUGGGUUCUAGAUGUCCAAGUAGCUUGGAUUCUAUACCUGAAGGGAAAUUACCGAUUAAAGGAAAUAAAGUAGAAAUUGUGUGGGGCUGUAUCAAAGUGGGACGGAGUCAGUCGCAAUCGUUUCAAAUUCAAAAUCAAUUAAACCAAAAGGUGCGCAUAGAAGUUUCGGUGGGUGGUUCGAAUUUUCAACUUAUUAAAGAAGGUAACAUAUCCGAAAUGUUAACAACAAUGGUUUUUACUCUUCAUGCAUUUGAAACUAAAACAUUAUCAGUUAUUUUUCGACCAACUAGAAUAGGAGCUAUAUCGGACAAGCUGGUUUUCUAUCCCUGUUCUAAUUCAGAUGUUAUCAAAAGUUUAAAACAAACAAUAAAAUUAUUUGGGUAUGGUGGACAUAUUUCGGUUGAUUUAACUAAAAUGUUUAAGGAUUCUAAUGGAAAUUUUUGGUUUUCAAUGGGUGCUUUAGAUCAUAAACCAAUAAUCCAAAAUUUUUCCAUUAAGAAUACUGGUGUUUUGUCAGCGUUUGCUAUAAUAGAAUUAGAAAACAAUGGAUUAAUGUCAAAAUCAGUUAAUGUGAAAAUUAAUCCAAUUGAAAUGGUUUUAAAACCACAGCAAGAAAUUAAAGUAACAUUAAUGUAUACCCCAAAAAAAGAGGAUUUUAAAUCUCAAAAUGAAAUUAUCGACGUAGGAUCUUUUAAAUUAGUAUCAGGAGCUGAAGUUGUUCGAGCAAGAAUAAGAAGAUUAUGCAGUAUGCUACCACAAAAAAAUGAAAACAUUGAUAAAACAAUUAAAAGAUUAUCUAAACAGCUUCCUGGUGAAGAUAUUCCAAGUGAUUUGGGUCUACUAAAUGAAGGAACAUCUUCUAUUGCCGAUCUCUUGAAAUGCAUUACUGCAAAACAAAUUCGUUUAAACAUUGAAAAGAAUCCAAAUGUUACUUUAGAAAUCUCCAACAGUUUCUUCAAUGAUUCUACCAUGUUUAAAACUCUUUAUCAAGACAGUACGACAAUACAAGAUGAAAAUGACUUUAAUAAACCUAAUAAAUUAUUUACAGUCGAUCCGAACCGUAUCGUAUUUUCGUUACCAUCUAAAAAAAGUGAUACUAUUUUCAUCCAAUCAAAAAGUAAAACUCCUGAAAAGUUUAAAGUUACAGUAACUGAAGGUUUUAAAGUGUCUCCGUCCAAUGGUGUUGUAUCUAGCGAUGAAUUUGUUGUAAUAACAGUUACAUGUACGAAAAUGCGAAAUGACGUAGGUAAGCUGCAAGUUUACAUUAAGAAUGAAACUGCUGAUGUGGAUUUAAAGGCUAUUGUACUUAGAAAUUGAGUUUCUUAAAUUUUUAUAAUAUGUCUAUUUAUUAAUAUUAUUACACUCAUUAGUUCUAAUUAUAUU